AUGGCUGCAUCCAAAAAGAGCCUUACAUGUUUCUUCUUUGUUUCGAUAAUGAUUAUGUUAUCAUUCUUCAGCGGAUCAAGAGUAGAAGGAAAUUAUUUAGGAUAUGGAGCUAUUGCAAAAGAUAGAAUCCCUGCAUGUGGCAGUAAAAAUCCUAAAGAAUGUGUUAAAGAACUUGUUAAUCCUUAUCGUCGUGGUUGUCAAGAUUCUACACGUUGUCACCGUGAUGUCUAG